UUUGGGCUUCUGGAGUCCGGAGUUCGCCCACGCGCAGAUACACGCCAGAGGUCCGCAGAAGUCCCAGAGGGAGCGUCAAAGCGAUUUGCCCGACAGCGCGCGCGUGUGUGCGAGUGUAAGUCGGUGUGUGCUCGUGUGUGUGUGUGUGUGUGUAGUACGGGUUGCGUGCGUACGUUCGUUGGUGCGUGCGUGCGUGCGUGCGUGCGAGUGGCAGAGGUGAAAAAUGAUGCGAGAAAUUCUACCGAUCCUGGCGUACAUGAGCGUGCUCUCGAGUACGUACUCGCUGCAUAUGGCACGCGAUGCCUACAUCAAGCCACCGCCCCCGCCGCCGCCCGCACAGCUCCUGGACGACCUGGACGACAUGUCGGAGCUGCUGGCCGCCGAGAACAGCGUCGACCUGAUGCGACCCGGGGCGGGCGGUGGCGUGCGCGCCAUGAUGGGUUCGGUCCACCAGAAGCUGGGCGCUCAUCUGGCGCACGGAGGAGGAGGAGGAGGCACAGCAGGUGGCAGCAGUAGCGGUAGCAACGGCAUCGGAGGCAACGCCGUCCUGACCUCCGCCGACAGCGUCCGAGAGGGGAUGCUCCGUCACUCCGGAGGCGGUGGAGUCGAAGCGGCGGGCAUCAUCCACGGAAUGACAAGCAAUGAGCUGCCAGAGCUGAGUCCUCCGCCGGCGCACCUGUCGUCGGCGGGGAUGCGCCACGGUCCGAUCGGUCCCCUCGUCGGCCAGCCGCCCCGGGGUCUUCAGGAGCUAUUCGGGGUCCAAACCAACUUCGACAUCCGCGCGGCGCAGCAGCAACUCUCGCGUGAAGGUGCCCACGUCAGUGCGCCCUCGUACGGCAUCGCCAGCCAAUCGGCCGCCUCCGGCAGCGGCACGUCCAGUGGCGGCUCAUCCAGCAUGGACGACCGGGACGACGACGACAACGGGGGCGAGGUGGACGACGGCCUGAGUGGCGCCGCGGGAGACGGCAGCCAGCAGCAACAGCAGCAGCAGCAGCAGCAGCAGCGGUCGGCGACGAGCAGCAAGCGCGCGUCACCUACCGGCGCCCGCAACAAGAUGAUGGCCGACUCGGCGCAGGACUCCGGCGCCGGCAGCAGUCUGCCCUCGAUCCCACACGGCAUCGCCAACCAGCUGAUGCUGCGCAGUACCCGCGGCCAGCGGCAGUACGACGUUCCACAGAUCGAGUGUCCACCGGCCAUGGAUGGGAUGGAGCGUUUCGCUUGUCCCACGCCGGACCGACAGGGACGGUAUCGAUGUAUAGACGACCACGUGCUGUGCGACGGGUUUAUCGACUGUCCCGAGGGUGAGGACGAGGACAGGCAAGCGUGUAUGUUCUACAAGACGACAAAAGCUCAUCUCGAUGUCUUAGCGGACGCCUUGUUGAGAUGGGCUCGCGGCCGUUAAGUUGUACAGUUCAGUCAAAUGCCGGCGCAAACGGUGAUGUAGUUCUAAAUCUAGGGCAAAAGCAAAGACAACAACAAGUGCAAAAACAACAACACAGCGACAGGAAGAAAAUCGAAAUCCAUCGGAUCCAAGUGAAAAAUUGUUACACUUUCACCACACGAACAAACAAACACCCAACAUUCCACCAGAAAUGAAACGAAAAAACCCGAAUCGGUCGAGAAACAAAACUAGCGAAAUAUGACAAGUAAGUAAGCAAAAAGAGAGAGAAAGAGAGAGAGAGAGAGAAUGAGAACGCGAAAAAGAGGGAUAGAUGAGAAUUGAAAAUAAAAUAAUAAGAGUAACAACAGCAGAGAAAACGAAUAAAUGCAAUUCACUAUUGAAAGUCCUCAGAACACAAACAAUGUUGGCGAGAAAUGGAAGAAGAAAGUAAGAUGUAAAAAUAGGCACGAGAAACUCUGUACAUAUAAACUGAUGGAGAUGGAACCAUUCCGAAGGGAAAGGCAAAGUGGCUCUCAGCCGAUGAAGCGACAUCAGCAGCGUCGCUCUGAAGAAUCGAAUGGGUCAAAACUAACAAAAGAAAAAACCAUAGAGAAGUCUAGCUAUGUCUCUGUACACAUCCAUGUUUGCGUUACCAAAUGCAUGCAUCCGUGUGUACAGGCAUGCAAAGAUAUAUAUACAAACUUAUAUAUUUACCUACUAAGCACUAGGUGUAAACAAAGAAAGGAAGCGGAAGCGCACGUGGCACAUUGGAAAACCGACGGAACCGAGCGAAUCUAAUUCGAAAUGGACUGUUGAUCUGCCUGAGAAUGAAUCAGCUGACACCCAUGCCCAUUGCCACGAUUCAGGGGGAAAAGCAGGCAUGUAGUCAAUAGGAAAGAAAGAUACUUACUAGGACGAAACAAAAAGUACAGCGAUGAGGCGAGAAAAGUGUUAGCUGUUGAAGAGUAUACAAGGGAUCUUGGACGAGGAGACUGGGAGACGGGGAAAAAUGUCCAAAUGCAUAAGAAAAAGGUACUCUACAGCACAUCGUUAAUCUCUAAGAUGAAAGCAUUGCAUUCCUCACGAAAUAACAUGCACCAUGAACACAAGACACACGAACGAACAAGACGCUACACGAACCAACCAACCAACCCAUCUGUAAGUAACCAUGUGUAUGAAAUCAAUGUGAAUUGUUUAUCACUCAUUGUAACCAGCAUGUUUUGAUGCGUUGGCGAUUCAGUCCUUAUUUUGUCUCAGAAAACAAGUACUACACCAUUUUAUUUCAUACCAAAAUUGUUUAUCACAUUCCCGAGCAAUAUGUAAAUGUGGAGCUAAUAGAAAUUAGCAAACAAAUCUUACCAACAACUGAUCUAGCGACGCAGAAUGAAAUUCUGUAAACAGCCGUGAGGCUGGCGGGAAGGCAUGAAUGCCAUCGCGCAGAGACAUUCCAACACACAUCCCGCACACUAACAUCUUCUACACUAACAAAUCAACUCAACACCUAGACACGAGCAUUGAGGAGGAAAACUAUUCUCAUGGAAAUGGCAGCUAUAUUGUAUAGAUAAGUCACAGUAUAAGAAAAAAAAACAAAACAAACCAAAGUCUUUAACGAAAUCUCAAAAGAUUGAUGCAAAACAAAACAUCAACAAAACUGAAAUGCCCA